UUGCAGUAUGGGCCAGGGGUUAGCUUCGAACAUUCCGUAUGAGGUACAGGAAAAAUAUGAUUGUUUGGAUAAAAAGACGGUGUGGUCAGUUCAUAAAGGAAAGAAGAAGGCUGAUAAUCAACCGGUAACUGUAUUCGUAUACGACGUAAAGUCUGGCACGGAUGAUCAAUUGAAAGUUGCAAAUGAAGCAUACCGGAAGCUGAAGACAUUUAGGCACCCUAAUGUGGUGACAUUCGUGGACGGUAUACAGGAUGACACUACAGUGACAAUGGUUACUGAGAAAGUUGUACCACUCGAGGAGUAUAUCAAGCAGGAAAAAGAAAAUGAGUUUAACAUCAGCUGGGGGAUGCAUCAAAUUGUUAAAUGUUUGUAUUUCUUGAACAAUGAUUGCAACUUGGUCCAUGGCAAUGUAUGUGCUGCUUCUGUCUUUGUUGAUGAAGCGGGUGAGUGGAAACUUGCUGGAUUUGAGGCUACUCGUUCCCACACAGAGUCACCACUUCCUAAACUGUGGGAAAGUUUGAAGAAGUAUGAUCCUCCAGAAUAUUCUAAAUCAACAUUUUCAAGAAAGCCAGAGAAAUGGUCUUGGGAUAUGUGGGGUUUAGGCUGCCUUAUCUGGGAGGUGUACAAUGGCUGUCUACCACAACCGUCAUCACUGAAGAUUGUUUCCAAGAUCCCAAAAUCCCUUGUAACACACUACUGUGAAUUAGUAAGCGCCAAUCCCAGAUCAAGACCUGAUCCAUUGCAUUUCUUAGAGGAUUGCAAGGCAGAUGGACAUUUCCUAGCAAAUCACUUUGUAAAGAUUAAUUUGCAACUGGAGGAGCUGCAGUUUAUGGAGGAAAGUAAGAGAUCAUCACUGUUUACUACACUGAACAACGAGCUGGACAGUUUCCCCCAGAAAUUUUGUCAACAUCGAAUUUUGCCACUGCUGAUAAAUGCAUUUGAAUUUGGAGGAGCUGGUACAUCUGUGUUGCCUCCUCUCUUUCGGCUUGGCAAAUUGCUUGAUGAAAACAGCUAUCAGGCAAAAAUUGUGCCUUGUGUGGUAAAGCUUUUCUCAUCAACUGACAGAGCAACUAGAAUAAACUUGCUUCAACAGCUACGUGAAUUUGCCGAACAUUUGACUUGUGGAACUGUGGAAAAGGACAUUUUUCCAAAUGUUUCAACAGGAUUUCUUGACACUGUUCCUGCCAUGAGGGAGGCAACUAUUAAGUCUAUGAUUCUGCUUGCACCAAAGCUUACUGAGAAGACAAUAAACAACCAGUUGUUAAAACACUUUGCCAGAUUGCAGAUGGAUGAACAGCCUGGCAUAAGAACUAACACAACACUUUGUCUGGCAAAGAUUGCACCAUCUCUUAGCGAAAAUACUCGGCAAAAGGUGUUAGUGCCAGCAUUUACUCGAGCACUUCGUGAUUCAUUUGUUCCUGCUCGAAUUGCUGGUGUUUCGGCCAUAAUGACCACAAGAGAUUACUACAAGCCAAAUGAUGUUGCAAAUCGCCUAUUGCCUGCAAUUUGCUUGUUGACCCUUGAUCCUAACAGAGAUGUUCGAGUCAAGACAUUCCAGGCAAUGGAGCUGUUUCUGGAAAGACUUAAACUACUAUCAGAGAAUCCUGAGGCUGCUGUAAUUCAAGGGUCUCAGUCCAGUGUUGUUGGUGCUGCUUCUUCUUGGGCUGGCUGGGCAUACAGUUCGCUCACUUCGAAGCUGAACAAGAAUCCUACUACAUCAAAUCCUGUUCCAAAUGAAGCACAAACCCAGGCAAACACGACUAAAACAGAUGAAGUCUCACCUCCAACAGAAGCUCAAGAUGUAGAUUCCAUCAAGGAUUCCAAGGUUACUAACAAUCAGGAUUAUGAUUCCAAGAUAAUGCAGAAUCAAACUAAAGAAGAAUCAGAGCAUGAUAGUGAUGUGGGCGAGUGGGAGGAUGAUGGAUGGUCAGUCAGUCCAGGUAUGGAAAGUAUAGCCCAAUCUACAGAGCAGCAAACAUCUAGCAGUAAGCCAAAGUCUGCUUCAUCAUUCUUUGAUGAUACGGGAGAUUGGGGUUCCAAAGACAGCUGGAGUAACGAGUGGCCUACUCUUAGCCAACAACAACAACAAACAGUUAGUACACAACAUGGAAAGACUCCAUAUGUAGGCAACUCAGGCACAGGAUUUAUCAGAGAUUCAUCCCUUCCCUCCGCAUCCUCCUUUUUCAGCAAGCCACUAGGCGACCAACCAACCAAGGCUUCACUCAAAGUAUCCAGGAAACCAUCAGCAAAUGACUUGACUCAGAGUAGCGGCAACUUGGAUAGCAGAGACGUUGGCUGGGAACCAGUGGACACUACUGUGACUAGCACUGCUACUCCAAAGUGUGAAAGCUCACAAUGGAAUGAUGAUAACUGGGACACAAUAGAAACAUCGGGAUGGGAGUCAGGUCAUCAAGUGAAGACAACGCAACAAGCAGGGAAACAGAGAACUCAAAUGCUUCGAGAAGAACGACGAUUAAGACAGCAAGCAGCCAAAGAGAAAAGAGCUGCAGAACCCAGACAAUCGACAGCAAUGAAAUUAGGAGCACUGAAAAAGUCAGACUAG